GUUAUUACCAAACUACGAAAUAGUGCAACACCGGUCUUCUUCCGUGGUUCAAAUAUACGCGUUCAGUUCGUCCUUCGCAAUCUAAACCCUUUUUCCGCCAUGUGAGAUAGCGAGCGACACAACCACGCGAGUAAUCACACAAACACAUCAAUUCGUCCUCCAAUUAACGCCUCCUUUCGAUUUGAUUCGAUUAUUAGGGGAAUUGGAGGAGGGUGCAGGUACAAGAGCGUAGUUGUUUGUGUUUUCAUUUCAUCUAUGUUUGGAGGUGUUGCCGUUCCUUCUAAUAGUACACACUUACGCAAGUCUGGGAGUAGACCAGUUGUUUAUGAUCUCGAUGAACACGAAGUGGAGAAUGGCGUCGAGGAAGGUUUAUUGCAUAAGGUGGAGGCAGACGAUUCAAAGGGUAGCGUGACAGCUGUGGGUGCUGCUACAAUGACGCCAUCACCCGCCUUGUUGUGGAGAUUCAAGGUGCUAUUGUUCCUCAUUUGGGCCUUCAUCUGUUGUAAGAUUGGAUGGGAUUCUGUAAUGAUAAUGAGUGGAGACAAGCGGGAUUUGUUCCUUUAUGAAGCAUUUUUGUAUUUUAACCCUCUUCUUCUGGCGGCUUUGAUGGUUUGGCUGUGGGGAAUCAACUUAUGGUUUUUUGCUCAAGGCGGAGUCAAUUAUGCAAAAAUAUUUGAUCUUGAUCAAAAUCAUCUGACCCAUAGAGAAAUAUGGAAGUGUGCUACAUGGAUGACAAUUAUUGUCCCAACUAGUAUGACAGCAUACAUUUAUCUUUAUUCUCAUGGAGAAGUCUCCUAUGCUGCAUCACAACCAGUGCUCUUAUAUGCUGCCGCAAUAUUGGUUUUGAUAUUCCCCUUUGAUAUCUUUUACUUUUCAUCUAGAUAUUUCUUCUUAAAGACACUUUGGAGAAUAAUUUUCCCAUUACAGGCAAUAUCGUUCGCAGAUUUUUUCUUGGCUGAUAUCUUAACUUCCAUGGCAAAGGUGUUUUCCGAUUUGGAGCGUUCAGUAUGUAGAAUGGUCCAUCGACAGGUUGCCACAAUUGCUUGGUUGGAAGCUGAUUCUGUUUGUGGCAGUCACUCUGUCGCUAUCCCUUUAAUUCUUGUUUUGCCUUAUCUUUUCCGCUUAAACCAAUGCCUCCGUCAGUACAAAGAUACUGGAGAGAAAACUACUCUUCUGAAUGCCUUGAAAUAUUCGACUGCAGUGCCUGUGAUUUUUCUCUCUGCCCUUAAAUAUCACGUCUUCCCUGAUAAGUGGACAAACUUUUAUAGGCCUCUCUGGCUUCUGUCAGGGGUUGUGAACUCGUCAUACUCCUUCUACUGGGAUGUAAACCGAGAUUGGGACCUAGGUGGCUUCACUCGAAUAUUCAAGUUUAACAAGCCACAUCUGUUCUCUCAUAUGUUACAUGGAAGAAGAUGGGUUUACUUUUGGGUGAUUGGAAGCAAUUUGAUUUUGCGUUGCACGUGGACAUAUAAGCUGUCUGCCCAUCUUCGUCAUAAUUACCUCACGGUGUUCAUAAUUGCUGCUUUGGAGAUUUUCCGCCGCUUCCAGUGGAUCUUCUUCCGUGUUGAAAAUGAGUGGAACAAGAUGAAUUCCAAAUCACACUCGCAUCUCUCAGCCAAAGAAAUCCCAAACGAUGAAGAGGACUUACUUCAUUCCAUUAACUAGAGUGUAUAGGCUAGAUAGAGUAUGAUGCCUAAUACUAUGGCAGUAUCAUACAAGAUAUAUUUCAAAUAUUUUGACGAUAGGGGAUCUCCAUUCCUUACGACCACUGGCUUGGCUACCCCUGGUAUUAAAUGUCAUUCUUUGUUAACCAAAAAUGAAAAACAGUUCAUUCUUACUGUGCUCCA